AUGUCAGACUCUGAUUCCGAUUCAAGCAUUCAGGGUGGUUUUGUGGUGAACGACAAGAACACCAAGAGGAGAAAAGUUGGCAACAACACCCGCAGAACACCUCGAAGGGCAAGUGCCAAGCGGACCUCCUACGUUGAAGCUAGUGACCCCGAGAGUGACAACGACGAAGAUGAGGAAGUGGAGAUUGAUUCCGACACGUUUGCCAAUGUUGAAAUGCCAGUACGCGCAAAGAGGACGCGCUCGGCCGUGACAAGCAAACCCACACCCAAGAGGAAGACCCCAGCACCAGCAAGGGCACCAACGUUGUCUUCCUCGUCAUCGGAUGAGGAAGACGAGGAGUUCACGUUGAGUUUGGAGGACCAGGCUGGCGACAGCGACACGUCUAAUGAAUACGAACUCGUGGGAGAGAUACGACGCGAUGGCCGCAGUUCCAACACCGCCAUCAACAUCUCGUCCGAUGAUGAAGAAAACACGCCACUUUCCGCUAGACGCGUGCCGACUAGGUCUCAGAAUGGUGGAGCAGCAGCAGCGGCGGCAGAGACACCAGCAAAGAAAACGCCCAGGAAAAGGAAGGCAGCACCAAAGAGCAAGAGGGCGCCAAAGGUCAAGAUGACUCAUUUCGAGCGAACUACAAAUAACCUCUACCUCCAGCACCCUGAGCUUAUAGAUGUGUUUCCUAAUUUGAAAACGUGUGAAAAGAUCAAACCGGAGCGAGCUCCACAUCCAGAAGGGAUGAGCAUCAGGAUGUUGCCUUUCCAACUCGAAGGCUUGAACUGGCUCUUGAAGCAAGAAGAAGGAAGAUUCCAAGGCGGGAUCUUGGCAGACGAGAUGGGUAUGGGAAAAACCAUCCAGACGAUUGGCUUGUUUAUGGAUGAUCCAGCAAAGAAGCCGAAUUUGGUUGUUGGUCCCACUGUGGCGUUGAUGCAGUGGAAGAACGAAAUUGAAAAGCACACCGAUGGCAAGUUGAAAGUGUUGUUAUUUCACGGAAACACGAGGGUCAAUAAAUCGUCGGAGCUUGAAAAAUACGAUGUCAUCUUGACCUCGUACUCGGUGCUCGAGUCCUCGUUUAGAAAGCAGAUGUAUGGUUUCCGCAGAAAAGGCCAGCUAGUCAAGGAAAAAUCCGCAUUACAUUCGACGCCCUUUUACCGAGUCGUGUUGGAUGAGGCCCACAAUAUAAAAGACCGUACUUCCAACACCGCGAGAGCUGCUAAUCAUUUAAACACCAGAAAGAGGUGGUGUUUGACUGGUACCCCAUUGCAAAACAGAAUAGGUGAGAUUUAUUCGCUUAUUCGAUAUAUGAAGAUGGACCCGUUCCACAUGUAUUUCUGCACCAAAUGCGACUGCAAAAGCAACGAAUGGAAGUUUUCCAAUGGUCGCACCUGUGAUGGAUGUGGCCACACUGGUAUGUUGCACACGAAUUUCUUCAACCAUUUCAUGUUGAAGAAUAUUCUCAAGUUUGGGUUGGAAGGCGACGGCAUGGAAAGUUUUACAAAUCUCAGGACUUUGUUGGACAAUAUCAUGUUGCGUAGAACCAAGAUUGAGCGAGCAGAUGAUUUGGGACUACCCCCAAGAAUAGUUGAAGUUCGUCUCGAUAGGUUUAAUGAAGAAGAGAGAGAUUUGUACACCUCACUUUAUAGUGACUCCAAGAGGAAGUUCAAUGAUUAUGUCGCCGAUGGUGUCGUUUUGAACAACUAUGCAAACAUCUUUACCUUGAUUACUAGAAUGAGACAGCUUGCCGAUCACCCCGACUUGGUCUUGAAAAGGUUUGGCACCAAUCAAAUUGCCAACCUGAUUGAUGGGGUAAUCAUGUGCCAGCUUUGUGACGAUGAAGCAGAAGAACCGAUUGAAUCCAAGUGUCAUCAUCGAUUCUGCCGAAUGUGCAUCCAGGAAUACGUUGAGUCCUUUGAUGGCCAAAACGCUAAAUUGACCUGUCCCGUAUGUCACAUUGGAUUGGCGAUCGACUUGGAACAGCCCUCGAUUGAAGUGGACGAAGAGCUAUUUACAAAGGCUUCUAUAGUCAAUAGGAUAAAGCAAGGCUCGCAUGGUGGUGAAUGGAGGUCCUCCACCAAGAUUGAAGCAUUGGUCGAAGAGCUUUACAAGCUCCGGUCGGACAAGCAUACCAUCAAAUCGAUUGUAUUUUCGCAAUUCACGUCGAUGUUGGAUUUGAUUGAGUGGAGAUUGAAAAGAGCAGGUUUCCAAACUGCCAAAUUGUCGGGGUCCAUGACCCCGCAGCAGCGUGACAAUACCAUCAAGUAUUUCAUGGACAAUACCGAAGUCGAGGUGUUUUUGGUGUCGUUGAAAGCCGGAGGUGUUGCUUUGAACUUGUGCGAGGCCUCGCAAGUGUUUCUAAUGGAUCCAUGGUGGAACCCCAGUGUUGAAUGGCAGUCAAUGGAUAGAGUGCACAGAAUUGGACAAAAGAGACCAAUUCGAAUCACCCGUUUUUGCAUUGAAGAUAGCAUCGAGCUGAAAAUCAUCGAGUUGCAGGAUAAAAAGGCCAACAUGAUCAACGCUACAAUCAACCAUGACCAGGCUGCUAUCAGCAGGCUCACUCCCGAUGAUUUGCAAUUCUUGUUUAUGAACUGA